CCUAUUUACUUGUCAAAACAGCAAAUUUUCAUUCGGGCCAAGAAUCGACUGAAAAUAUGUCUGCUAUUCUAAAUCACGCAAUUCGUCGCCAAUUUGGCGCUACUGCCGCCCGGAAUAUGUCCGGCACUGCCGCCGUGGCUGGCGAGCACUCCGGUGGCUACAAGGUGUGGAAGCGCCUGUCCUUCUUCGUGGCCGCUCCCGCCGUUGGUCUGUGCAUGCUGAACGCCUACCUGAAGCACCAGGAGGAGCACGACAAGCCCCGCCAGGAGUUCGUCAAGUACGACUACCUGCGCCGCCGCGAGAAGCGCUUCCCCUGGGGCGAGGGCCAGAAGAGCCUGUUCCACAACCCCCAUGUCAACCCCCUGCCCGACGGUUACGAGCACUAGGUGGCCACCGCCUUCGUUGUUUGGUAGUGAUAAACGUUAAUGUAAACUCAACUUUAGGCGGAAAUACACAGACACACUGAGAAAACACCAUUACUUAAACUCCAGUUGGCGCUUCAAUAAAGAUCAAAUCAGAGCGAG